UCUUGGGUUCCAGCUGGCCUGCCGAGAACUUAACGGUUCCAACGCGCCUCGGACCGGAGAACCAGCGUCGCCACAAAAUCUGAAGCAAAGGGUCUCCUGCUAUAGCCCCUGUCUCCACACCCAGGUGGCUGAUAGACGAGGAAGAGAUGGGCUGCAAGCUGCCCAAGCUGAAGCGGCCUGAGGAUAGCAGCCCAGGAAAGAUUUAUUCCACCCUGAAGCGGCCGCAGGUGGAAACCAAGGUGGGGGUGGCCUACACCUACCGCUUCCUGGACUUUAUCCUGGGGAAAGACGACGGCACGUCUAUGCUGUGCAUUUCCUCGGUCCGGGAGCUGCCAGCCCAGAUGCUCGACCUGUACCAGCAGGGCUUUGUCUUGGCAGCAGUGCACCCCUUCAUCCACCCAUGUGGCACCAAGCCAGGCGGAGACCAGAGGCUGUUAUACCGGGCCGUCCUGAUCCGGCUCUCCGACAGUGGGGAGAAGCCAGAGACAAAGUAUGACAAUCACCUGGAGAUGGAGACCUGCCUGUCAGCUGACCAGGCCCCCAACACCGAGCUGAUACAGGGAUAUCUGAAAAAGAUCCAGGAUUCUGCAGAACAGGGAAUUACAUUUGUGGGGUUCGUCCAGCAGCCCAGCAGAGCUUUUGCUGUCCACGCACAUGACGACCCGGAGGACGUGUCUUUGUCCCUCCAUUCGAGUCCCAGCUCAGUCCAAGGGGAAAAGAGCCAACAAAACCAGGAAAACAGAGAGCAGAAUCUGUCCGAAGAGCAACACCAUCAAGGCGAGAUUGGAGAAAAGACCAGAGACAUCACCGGUGAGUUUGUAGAGGUGGUACUGGAUGAGGCCCGGAGCCAUAAUGGGGACAGUGAGAGCGCCGAGGACAGAGUGGGAGGAGCCCCGGAGAGUCCAGUGUCCGCUACUCUCAGCACCGUCCAACGAGACAACGAUGAAUCAUGGGAUGUCAGGAGCAACGACACGCUGAAGGACAACAACAAUAAGGCAAAAGGCCAGCAGGCAACAAAGGAACGGCAGAACGAUCAUACACCCCCCAGAAUCGGGGUGGAGCUCUUCGCCUUGUUUAACCAUCCCAAGAUGGGCAAAGGCCUGCUGAAGUACUACACGGUGAAGGUCCCCCUGCGGGUCCAGUGCCAGGAUGAGAGCAUCGUCUCAGUGGAGGCAAAUUGGCUGGAUCACAUGACCCAGCACUUUCACAGCGGUGCCUUGUUGAUUGACGGCUACUUCCACCUGGGGAGUGAAAAUGAUGUGUCCCCUACGUCCGUGGAGAGCAUCUUCAUCUUCCAGGAGGGGCAGGAGGUAGAAUCCAAUUCGGCAACAGCGUAUGACGCCAUAGUGGUGGAGCAGUGGACUGUCAUCGAUGGUGUGGGAGUGAAGACGGAUUAUAUUCCGCUGCUCCAGUCUCUAGCGACGUAUGGAUGGAGGCUGACCUGUGUCCUCCCAACACCAGUUGUCAAGACUAACAGCGACGGAAGUCUGGCCACCAAGCAGAUCGUUUUCCUCCAGAGGCCCGUCUUGCCACGCAGGAGGAAAGAAUCCAAGAAACUGAAUUUCAAAACUAGGAACAAGUCGAAUAAGAACUCCGUCAAAGACGCUCCAAAUGACAAAGCCAAGAAGAGCGAGUCCCCGGGAGUGGAGAAAGGGACAGGACCAAAGAUGUCGGACGAAGGGGAGAACGUGUCAAAGGCAGAGAUGGAAGCUGUGGUGAGAAGGAAUGAUGAGAACAGGGAGAGUGAGGGAUUACGCCUGGAGAGAGACAAAGGAGAGAGGAAAGUAGAGCCAGCAGAUGAAGAUGGGAUUAGUGAGAGCGGGGAGAAGGCGAAGACUGAAGAAGAUAGAGGAGGAGGAGGGAUGGUGGAAACUGAAGUCGAUGAAGAGGGUGAAGUAGAAAACCCAGAGGAGGAGAAGGAUGAGAUCCAGGCAAGUACUGAAAAGAAAAAUAUGGGAAGGAGAGAGGAGACUGGGGAAGAAAGGGAAUGCCUAGCUGAAGAGGAGUCCCAAAAGAAUUUAGCUCUGGAGGUCAUGAAGGGAGGGGCUGGCAAAGAGGGACACAGGGCUGCAGCAUCUGAAAACAGUGGUAUGGGGCAGUCGGAGCAGUGCAAGCGAGACUCCCAUGUUGAGAUCCAGGUUUCCGUGGAGCCUGGACUCACCCAGGAGACCUUGGGAUUCCCCUCCUCUCCAGACCACUCUAGCAACCCUAGUCUUAAGAUUGACAGUGACUAAGGCUAGAGGGGCCUUUGUUUACUAAGGGGGUCUUAGUAUCAACUGCCAGUGGUGAUGACACAGGUCACAUGUCCUGCUCCCUAAAAGUCAGCAUUUAAAUCAAAUUAAAAUUUCAAAUGUCAGAACUGAAGUAGGCCCACAACAUCUUCUGUGUACGUGCAACUAUAUGAUUCUGAAGGUAACCUGAUGAAGAGAGUCGAAUGGAAACUUGGUGAGACCUUCGGCGGGGGCUGGGGGGGGGGCACUCUCAGCCGUGUGUAGAGCUACUCCAUCCGUGGCACAGUGCUCUGUGUUUUGUCAGUGGUGUUGAAAUGCCGAUGUCCCGCCUUCCCCCUCGUCGCUCUACUGUGACGCUUCCUGGCGACUUACGGACUGUGGAGGAGCCUGGAGCCCAUGAGGCACCGAGAAGCAGGUGGAAGAUGCACCUGCACCCCCCCCCCCCCCUCCUCCCCCCGCCCGCCUUCUGUAUCACGCAUCUUGUGCUGAAAUGGAAAACUGCGGGGAUCGCUGCCUGUUCCAAAGUGUGUGAAAGACGGGGGAAGAAAUUUGGGUAGGAGGGGAGUGUUGCGACAUACUGUACUCGUAAGAAAAGUUUGAAAUCAAGUUGUGAUGAAACAGUGUUGUAUCAUGCUGUAAUACCAAUUCUCAGGACAGUCACAUGACACGGCCUUCGGCUUCAGUUCAUUGGUCCGCCAGUCCUGUGCUCCACCAAUGUACUUUGGCCUCGGUUCAUUCUUCACACAUCACCGCAUUUCUACCACCACUGCAAGAGUGAGAUUGGAGACCUUUUUAGUAGCAUAUUUGGGAUAAAACAGUCCUUUGGAAAUAAGAGGCUAUUUCUGCCUGCAGUGCAGUAAAGACACAUCAUUUUCUCCUUCAGCAAAUGCUUAGAAGUGCAAAGUCUUGUAACUGUACCCUGAGUUUUUAUGUUCGUAUUUUUCUUGUUAAGUUAUUUUUUGAUAUCGUCUUGCUAAUAAUGCUGGGGUAAGAAGUAGGAAAUAGAAAAAAACUUUAAAUAUGGAAGAACAGUCUGCUGAAUAUAACGAAAUUCUGCUUUUGUAUUGCAUAGGAUGUUGCUUUGACCUGGGUGUAUAAUGAAGAAAUAGAUAGUUGUUGACCUGAGAAGGGCUUGUUCCUCCCUCCGCUGUAGCUUUAAUAAAGGUUUAACGACGGCCACGUUUUUAAAACCGGAGCUAAGAGCUCAGGCUGAUGUCCAGCGUGGCCCAGGGUAGUCGGUGGCUUCGAUGUUCCUGUGGUGGCCCAGUACAUCCCAAGCAAGAUGACUGUCCAACAAGGAGACACUUUCUCAAAGACAAUGCAGAUCAGAUAAAUUCCAGAGGUAAUGUGUAAACUUUUAAAACUCUUUAACUUUAAAAGACCUACUGUCAAAGACAUUUAAGAGAGUUUGAUAUUGGGGUACGCAACUUAAUGAUAUAAAUGCGAAGGUCUGUAUUUGGGGUGGGGACAAAUUAAAUAUUGGGGGGUAUACGUCCCUCCACCCCAGCCUACAGUAAUAAUCCUUGGCAAAAGUAAAAUAAAUAAAAAUCCAAAGAUUAUAAAAUAGAUGCUCUUUCCAUUUAAUUCCUGGUAAAUUUAAUUUGAAUUCCCCCAAAGAAUAACUUUUCCGAAACAAACAGGAUAUACGCUCUACAUUAACACAAACAAAACGUAUUUCUUAUUGCCUGGUUUCCCUGUAUGUAGCUUAACGUUCGACGUUAGCUGCCUUUUCAUUUUGCGAAGAACAAAACUUGAUGAUGUUUAUGUCAAAGUUAGCUACAAAAACCAAAAGGUCAGACCAACUCUGCUUAAAUCUGUUGAAAUGGAUACAUUUUUUCAUUAACAUACAGGCCUGUAGGUGUUGAAUAAAUGUUAAAUACCUUUGGCUUGCCUUGUUUAACAAGUCUGGCCCUCUGCAGAGAUAUGUAGCACUCUAAAAAGACAGUCAUCAGCCUUCGAGUGAAAACUGGAGGUUUAUAUUAUAUUUUGAGCUUAAAGAUUGUGGUUGCAAAAAAAAAUGGAAUCUGUCUCGUUAGUAUAUUGAUGUAUAUGGCUGAAAUACAGUUGUUAAUAUUAGAAUUUAGUUUGAUGAUAAUGUAUUUUUAUGAAGUCCAGUGUUUUUUGGAAAAGAUAUUGUAAUAACAUUGUCGUUGGGAGCUUGUGGGCCCCCGGAAUUCAAAAACCUUGUUCAUGCUGCAUCUGCUGGACCCCUUCUGUCCCGGUUUGGCUCCGGUUUUACGGGGUCCAACCUUCUGGACACUAGACAAGGUCAGAGGCUAAUGUUUGAACUACUUUGUUGCCUAUCCACUGUUCUUUACAGAUGGAAAUCAUUUUGAGCGUGUGAUUGGUUGCCACAGUCGUGUCACAUGACACUUCUAAACGUAUAUCAGGAUGUUGUUUCCACCCACCUUCUGUUUUCGAAAAUCUCAGCUGUGGAUUCUGGCUGAUUAAUAAGAGUUCAAUUCGUCUUCAAUCUGCCAUUUUGAAUCGAAAAUAGACAUUCCCUGAGACGUCAUUGUUUGUGUUUAUCCAUAUUAAAAUACAGUUGCCUUUUCAGUCGAUUUGUGAUUUUCAGAAGUGUUUUUGCUCAUGCUGCUAAAUCUAUGUAUCAGAAUCGUGUGAUUCCAUGUUUUCUUGCAGUUUUGUGUUGUCUAAUGAUGUGUCCAUGAUGUAUUGGAAAACGCAGUGGGGAUUUUCUAUGGGCUCCUAUUGUGUAGCAUUCACAGAUUCUGGUGGGGACUGGACUUCUGGCAUAAGUGUCAGAAAUGGUGGUAAAUGUUAUGCAUUUCCUACCUUUCCUGCCUCUCACAUCCUCCUGGGGGGAUGAGGGAAGGUGGUCAGACUAUCAAACUAUGUCUGCGACUAUCCUCUGGUGGCAAGCUAAAAAGCACGAGUGGGGAGACGAGGAAGCGGACCAAAGCAAGACAUGAAGCGCGCUCUGUAGGCGGGAGCUGAAUGGCCGCCUUUGUGGCACCGUGACAAAGACAGACGGCCUGACUGCAGCGGAACCUGGCUGCAUCCCCCCCCCCCCCCCCCCCCAGGGCUGUUAGCGUCCACUAAUCCUGUUCUGAAAGGGAGCCCCAAGUGCUACACCCGCCACUCAGAUGACGCGUAGUUAUAGCUCUUUCAAUCUCUCUGCCCCCCCCCCCCGCUUGCCCGUGGUCCUUAGCAUACAGGAUUGUCACCGUGUCGGUGUGUGAAUCUCAGACUGACAGGCUGUCACCGCUGCCGUCGUCUCCAGAGCACCUCUCCGGUGCGUACCGCUUAAUUCUCUGUAAGACAUCGCUCUUUGCCUUUCUGUUAUGGAGAGCUCCAUGUUUGUUCACGUUUGACGUCUGUAUAAUUUGUACAUAAUAAAUCUGCUUUUGUGUUUUUUAUAAAUAUAUUUGCUUUAUCUUA